AAGAAUACGAUGAGACAAUCCAACUUAUCAUGAACUUUCCAAAGUUCAUGCAGCGACGCUGUAGGAUAUCGUAUCACAUAUCAUGGAAACGGUAGUCUUACUUCUAGAAGUCUUAAUUGUGUCGGCCCUAUCUUCUGAGGAGCCGAUAAAAAAUGUUUUCGGGCAGUGUUUACAUCCUCUUGGCAUGGAGGAGGGAAAAAUUCCGGACGAUGCAAUAACGGCUUCUUCUAGUUACGAGAUGAAGUCCGUCGGCCCGCAAAAUGCGAGAAUUCGACAGGAGAAGAACGGCGGUGCUUGGUGUCCAAAGGCUCAAAUUAGUGGCGAUGUUCGUGAAUAUUUGGAAGUUGAUCUCACUCAGGAUCAUUUAAUUACAUGGACAGAAACGCAGGGACGUUUUGGUAAUGGCCAAGGACAGGAAUAUGCGGAAUCCUUUUCCUUAGAAUACUGGCGUGGUGCAAAUUGGCGUCAUUAUAAAAAUUUAAAAGGCGACAAAAUCUUACGAGGGAACAGCAAUACAUAUCUGGUGGAGAAACAGAAGUUGGAUCUCCCUUUUGUGGCGAGUAGAGUACGAUUCGUCCCUUACAGUCAGCACCCACGCACCGUUUGUAUGAGGGUGGAGAUUUAUGGAUGUGUCUGGGAAGAACGAAUAGUGAGAUACAUAAUUCCCAAAGGAGAGACAUUUGGCCCUGAUGGAUGGAAUCUCGAAGACACAUCCUAUGACGGAAGUGAGAGGGAUGAUUUAAUGGUGGAUGGACUUGGACAGCUCAUAGACGGGAUCAUUGGUGAGGAUCCUGAAAUCCUCGUCUCCUCGUCCUCAACCAACUGGGUUGGAUGGAAUAAUCUCGAGAAAGUCGAGAUAAUCUUUGAAUUUAACGACUUCCGGGAAUUUGAAAAUUGUACGAUACACGUUGCUCAUGUUCCAAAGAAGGAAGUCGAGGUAUUUUCCUCGGCUCUCGUCUGGUUUUCAUUUGAUGGCCUUCAAUAUCAAAGCAAUCCAGAAAAAAUAGAAGUGACAGAAGAAAUCAAAACUAGCUCAAUCAGUGUAUCGAUUCCGUUACUAUCGAGAGUUGCCAAAUUUAUUAAACUUGAAUUGAAACAGAAAUCCAAGUGGUUAAUGAUAAGUGAAGUCAAUUUCGAAACGAGGAGAAUUCAACUCUGUGCAAUUCCAGCAUCUGCACGUAAUGGCUCAACGGACACAUCGGAGCAAUUUUUUCGCGCCUGUGAAAAUGAAUCGGAAUCAAAUGAGACGAUGGAUAAAUCAAAUGGUUUUCUCAAUGAGACAGUGUCUGACGUGAAACCAAAUUUGACACCUGAUGCCUUUCCAAUCAACAAUUCACAAACGUACAUUGGACUUAUAAGCGGUGCAUUGACAGUUGGAGCUUUAUUAUUGACCUGUACAGUAUUCUUGAUGAAACAGAGGGGACGCAAUAAAGUUGCCCUUCUUCAAAAGCACACGGCACUAUUGUGUGGUUCACCAAAACCAGGGAUCACUAUUAAUAUGAAAGAUAUUAAAAUGGCAAAUCCAAUUGUUGUCAAUGGCUUGUCACAGUCAAGAUUGUCAAUAAAGAGUAAAGGUUUUUUCAGUGACGACAACACUAUUCGUAGUAGUGAUCAAAACAGCGAAUACGAACAUUGCAGUGCCUAUGAAAGGACCUAUAAACUUUUUUCCGAAGAAAAUCUUGCCUAUGAACCAGCAUCGCACAAAGGCGAUCAUUAUUCCGCAUGUAAAAGCGAGUACAGUGAUGUCACAGAUUUUACAAAUGAAAGAAAUUAUCAGGACGAAUUGACGUCGACUCCAUUCUCUAAUAAGAGACAUUCAAAAACAAAUCCCAAAGUUCAUGAGGGAUAUUACGCUGCCACCGAUAUAUUGACAAUUAAGCGAAGACAACAACGAUCGACUUCGAGUUUAUUCACUCCUCUUCAAAUUCAAGACGGUAUUCAUUUAUCGAAUACAAAUAAUUCUUAUAAUAUUCAACACGUCUCGAGACACAGGCUGAGAAUUAUGGAUAAAUUGGGCGAAGGCAGUUUCGGAUUGGUGCAUUUAUGUGAGGCGAAAGGAGUUCAGUGUCCAGAUUUAAAUUCAGUUCGUAAUCGACAAGUCGUGAUAGUGAGAUCCUUAUGGCGAGGCGUUACAGACUCCUUAAAGAAAGAUUUCAUGAAGGAUAUGCACGUUCUGGCAGCCAUUCGAGAUAUUAAUGUAGCUAGAAUAAUAGCUCUAGUGGAAGAGGAACCAUUCGGAGCUGUUUUUGAAUAUGGAGAACUUGGAGAUCUUCCAUCGUUUAUAAAGAGCCGCGAAAGUUCCAGUGACGAUGCGCCGUUAAGUUAUGCGUGUCAAUUGAAUUUCGUGACUCAAAUAGCUUCAGGAAUGAAGUACUUGGAAAAUUUAAAUAUUCCCCACUGCGAUUUAGCAGCGAGAAAUUGUGUCGUGAGUAAAAACUUAAUAUUAAAAGUGUCUGACCACGCCAUGUACUGUAGCAAGUACGAUCAAGAGUAUUACGUAAAUGGAUAUUACGCGAAAGUACCUCUUCGCUGGAUGGCAUGGGAGGCAAUUUUGUUGGGAAAACAAACUUGCCAAGCUGAUGUUUGGUCCUACGCUAUCACGGUCUGGGAGAUUCUUACUCUCUGCAAGGACAUGCCAUAUUCUGAUUUUACAUCAGAGCAAGUCUUGGAAAAUUGCAGCAAGUGGUAUCACAGCGGAACCGUGGAGAAGAGUCAACCUCGUAUACUUUCGCAGCCUCAAUCAUGCUCCAGGGAUUUGUAUCAUAUGAUGACAAAAUGCUGGAGCAAGCACGCCGAGGAGAGGCCGACAUUCGAGGAAAUUUGUCUCUUCUUAAAAAGAUUGGGCUUCGAUUAAAAUUGAUAAAAAAAAAAAGAAAUAAUUUUUAUCGUUCGCUCGAGCAGCGUGGACCAAAUUGUUUAACAAUCAGCUAAGAGGCAUCCUACCUUCCCACGAAAGAGCCAGGCAGGAUGCUCUAGCCAUCAAAUUAUGCUCAACUAGGUUAAAACCUCUUUCUUCUAAGACUCAAAAAAAACGAAAAAAUACUUUUAAGGUAACGCGUAUGAAUUUAAUAAUUAAACUUGAAAGAAAGAUCUCUUCAGUAUAUUUUUAAUCUUUAUUUCCUACGCGAGCGAAAAUUUCCCCUUUAUUCAAUUUUUAUUUUUGCUUUUACAGCGAAACCUAUUUUUCAAGUAAAAUUAAUCCUUCAAAUUUAAUAGAAUUUUGAAAAGAAAAUACUAAAAUAAUUUAUUAAAGACAGAAUUAAAAUAUUCCACUUUAAGGAAAAAGAAAUGUUUAAAGAAAAUUAAAGAAACAAUCUUUUUUUUUUGAACGAAAGUUUCUUUCCUUUUUUUGUUGAAAAAAUAUACAAACUGAAGAGAUCUUUUUCUAAAGUAAAGAGUCAAUGUUCUUUACGUCUGUCGAUAAAAUGGAAAGCGAGCAACGACAAUAGAAUACGAAAUUUUGUGAGUUUUUUUAGAAAUUGCUUCAGUCGGGAAAAUUAGAAUGUAAAUGAAAGUAAUUGAAAAACUUUAAUUAAAAGAAAAAAAAGAAGAAAACAAAAUAAUUUUCUAAGCGCGUUGCUCGUUUUCAAAUAAAGGGAUCCCUUUGAAUCCUCAAUUCACAUAUCUUCGUUUUCAUUCCUCAAGAUGUAUACUAUUAUUAUUACGAGUUCAAAAAAAAAGAAUCUAGUAAGGUAUAUUAAAUUUUUACAAAUCCCCCCCAAUAGUACUAAUAAUAUUAUUGGUAAAAAUUUAAAAUUAAGAUAACUUUGUAAUGAUAAUGAAAUGUGUAAUCUAAAGUAUAUAUUGUAUAUUUAAGUGGACCUCUGUAAAUUGUUACUCGACAUCGACACGUAAGAAACUUAAAAAAUAAGAAAACUAGUUUUCAACAAAACUUGAAAAUUUCCAUAAAAGAAAAAUGAGGAUUCUCGUUCAAUUCGUUGUUAAAACGAAUUUACAAAACAAAAGUACGUAUAUUCCAAAAAUAUGUUGUAAAUUUUUAAAAAAUUAAUAAUAAUGCCAAUAAGAGUCAAGAUAGGCAAAAGUCGAAAGAUGGUUUAUUAAUGUAAAUUUUCAAAAAUAGAUUAAAAUAAUUUUUUCAUCUCUGAUUAUAUAAUUUACCGCAAAGAGAAUAUUCUUAGAAAUAACAUUUAUUUAAACAAUCAAAAGUCUUUUGCUUAUCUUAAUUCUAAAAUUACGAGACGUCGUAGAUAUCAGAAAAAAAAUCAAAUCCGAUCAAUGAUAAAUUGAUCCAAUCAUAUCGAAAUGGAAAAGAAAAAAUUUUCUUCUAAGCUAUGUACCUUUCUUUUCGCAAUCAUAUAUAUAUAUAUAUAAAUUAUUACAACCGAUAUUUAUUUAAAUAAUUGAACGUCAAUCAAGACAAUCAAAUUUUUGUGGAUAUGAUGAAAUCGUCGAAAAAUGAAGUCUAAAAGAAAUUUAUUAGAAAUUGUAAACAAAGGUACUUUAUUAAUGCGUUAAUAUCUAUAUUUUGUUAAUUUGUUUGCUGUACAAAAUGCGCAUAUUUAUUAUAUAGGGGAAAAAAAUUACAACAACCAUAAAACGUAAUUAUCAAGUUUUUCUCAAACAUUGUUUAUAAAUUAUUGCAUUUAGUGAAGUAUAAAAUGAACAAAAGGAGAAAAAGAUGUGGAAAUGAGAGAAAAAGCAUUGGAAACGCGUGCAAUUUUAAAUUACUAGUCCUAUCAAUUUUUAUCAAAACGAUUCGUAGAUCUAUAGCUACCAUAAUCCAAAUUUGUAACAUGAAUUAUCAUAUUUCAUCGAAAAUUAUAUUCUUCAUAUUUCCAGUGUUAUAAUCAAUAAAAAAAAAUUGUUAUA